AUCUCGAGUGAAGAAAAUGAUUGGAAAAUCUUACGAAAAAAAGAAAAUAUUCAUUGCGUAACUAUGUCUGACCAUGUUGGUGUUGAGAGUUUGCCUGAUCAGCUGGUCAAUAAAUCCAUCCAGCAAGGCUUCUGUUUUAAUAUUCUCUGUGUGGGGGAAACGGGAAUUGGAAAAUCAACGCUAAUGAACACGUUGUUCAAUACCAAUUUCGAAGACCGUGAAUUCUCACAUUUUUACUCUCAUGUUAAUCUUGAGGCUCGUACAUACGAACUUGAGGAAAAUAACGUUCGAUUGAAGUUGACCAUUGUGAGCACAGUGGGAUUUGGUGACCAAAUAAACAAAGAAGAGAGCUAUCAACCAAUAGUCGACUACAUAGAUGCUCAGUUUGAGGCCUAUCUCCAAGAAGAAUUGAAGAUUAAACGGUGUCUUUUUAACUACCAUGAUUCUCGAGUUCAUGUGUGCCUUUACUUCAUUGCACCAACUGGCCACUCUCUGAAGACACUCGAUCUUUUAACCAUGAAAAACCUUGACAGUAAGGUGAACAUUAUACCAUUGAUUGCCAAAGCAGAUACAAUUUCUAAAAAUGAAUUACAGAAGUUUAAGGUCAAAGUUAUGAGUGAAUUGGUUAGCAGUGGCGUCCAGAUAUACCAGUUCCCAACAGAUGAUGAAACUAUUGCUAGAAUCAAUUCUUCAAUGAACGCACAUUUACCAUUUGCUGUUGUAGGAAGUAUGGAUGAGGUAAAAGUUGGAAAUAAGGUGGUCAAAGCUCGUCAAUAUCCUUGGGGUAUUGUAGAAGUGGAAAAUGAAAGCCACUGUGACUUUGUAAAGCUCCGGGAAAUGCUCAUUUGUACAAAUAUGGAAGAUCUGCGAGAACAGACUCACACUCGACACUAUGAACUUUACAGACGUUGCAAACUGGAGGAAUUGGGCUUUAGAGAUGUGGGCCCAGAGAACAAACCAGUCAGUCUUCAAGAGAUCUAUGAAACGAAAAGACAGGAGUUCUAUACCGAACGACAGACGAAGGAAGAAGAGAUGAAGCAGAUGUUUGUUCAGCGAGUAAAGGAAAAAGAAGCCAUGUUGAAAGAAGCUGAAAGAGAGCUCCAGGCCAAAUAUGAGCACCUUAAAAGAGUUCACCAAGAAGAGAGAUUGAAGCUCGACGAAAAGAGAAAAAGUUUGGAAGAUGAAAUAGCUUGUUUUUCCAAAAAGAGAGCUGCUUCUGAAAUAUUUCAAAACCAGGCCUUUGUUACUGGUGGUAGCAAGAAGGACAAGGAUCGGAAGAAGUAA